AUGGCACUGGGGAGAUUGGUCCACUACGCUAUAGAUGCCGUCCUGGUGUCCACCGUACUUGCCGGCAUACGACAGUCGAGCGGAUUUGCAGUCCACACGAGCACAAUAUCAGACCCAACCCUGCGUUCCCUCGCCGAACGCUACCUCGGUGUCGGCGAGACGAUUUUCAGCAUGACCCAGGCUUCUGCGAUUAACAGCGAGUACUUCAGACAGGAGUCAAGAAGAUGA